CUUCCACAACUAUCUUUUCUAAUUCUUCUCCUCUACCUCACCAUCUGUUAGUAUUAUUAUUAAUAUUCAAAGCAGCUUAGGAUUACCUUUGAGUCCACCCAAAGCGAUUCAGAUUCCAAGUGGGUGCUUUGGUUUCUGAUUUGUGAUGGGUUUUCCUGCAUCUCCCUUUCAAAACUGGCCAUUUCUGGAGUGAUUCUGAUCUGGGUUCUUGAGUGUUUUUGUGUUUGAAGUUGUGGGUGUUCAUUGUUUUCUUUGUUCUUUUUUCAGCUGAGCUUUGUUUUGGGUUUGGAGUUGUGAGAGUGGAAUUGGGUGAGUGAGAUUCAAAAGAAGUAGAAGAGCGGAAGAGUCUGAUAUGACGAUGGGGUCGGGUAUGAACUUGAUUACUACUGUGAUUGGUUUUGGUAUGAGUGCAACGUUCAUUAUAUUUGUCUGCACAAGAAUCAUUUGUGGGAGGCUGAGAGGUGUUGAAUCAAGGCCUAUGUUCGAGAUUGAAUCAAGAACUGAUCUUGAGCAGCCAGAGAAUCGGUCUAGUGGCCUUGAACAAAUUGUGGUUGCUGCAAUCCCGACCAUGAAGUAUGAUCAGGAGGCCUUUAGUUCUUUAGAAGAUGCACAGUGUUCAAUAUGUCUGGGGGAGUACCAGGAGAAAGAAGUACUGAGAAUUAUGCCGAAAUGUGGUCACAGUUUUCACCUCACUUGCAUUGAUAUAUGGCUGAGGAAACAGUCUACCUGUCCAGUUUGCCGUUUACCCUUGAAAGAAUCUUUCGGACCAAAACAUGUGAGAUCAGCAACAUUUACUGUGGCUCGAUCUUUUGAUGAUUCUGAGAACAUUUCAACUCGUGAACAUUCUCAGCAGUUGCUAUUACCAGCAUCUGAACCAAAUUCGGCAAGCAACAACAUUAACAACCAAGUGCGGUUAGAACCUGCUUCUGGAAACCCCUCUGAACCUACUCAAUCAAGAGAACCAGACACAAGGCAUUGACGAAAUCAAGAGAUCGGUUGCAGGAGCCAAGCAUGCGUCUUGCUAUGUAGCAAGCAAAUCUUCUUUGUGUACAAAGAUGCCAUAGGUGACUUCCCUCCUUUUUUUUCCUUUGCUUUCGAGCGAGAGGUUGGUUCCAAGUUCAGUGAAAAUCAUAUGGUAGGGGUAGGUUUGAUUUGGAGACUUGCUCUUAAUUGGUAGCAUGGCAUGAACCGAUGUUGUGCUCAGUCAGUGUGACAAAACUCAGAGUUUUGAGUUAGUUUGAGAAUGAAGCAAGCUUAGUAGCUUACACAGAGUCUGAUUUCUGUAUAUAAACUAUAUUUGCAAAACUAGAUUGUUUAAUUGUAUUCAUCCAUUGUGUUUUGAGCCAUUCA